UAAGUGUGACCAGCUCCUUAGAUAAAUCUAUUUCAUCGUUGGUGUUAAAAACAUCAGCUCUAUUUAUUUGUGAUCUUGACAAAACUGUUUAAUACAGUCCAUCUAGUUUUAAGAAGUGUUCUAUUCACAUAAACGCUGGCUACCAUGGCCUACAACCAGCGCCUGCAAUCACAGAACAUUGUGCAUUUGUUGCAGAACCGCGAAUCCGGAUUCACCUGCGCCGGCAGUCAGAUGAGCAGGAUGCCCCGCUUGGCAUAUGAGCGCCGCUUCUACAAAUCAAUCACUCCCUGCUUGACCAUUGACUCUGUGGCCAUUCCUCCUGUCUACCUGCGCAAGUUCACGCCGGACGGUAGCCAGCUGCUGGCCUUCUCCCACGACCAGCGGAGUCUACACAUCUACCCCUACAGGGGCUUCAGUUCGGCGGCAGUCGGCGAGCUGAUCCGCGAGGCAAACGUGGGCACCAAGGAGUGCUACAAGAGCGAGGAGAACAAUGUUCUAAGCAGCACGAUCUUCGAGCGCCUGUUCGCUACUAAGGAGGCGAAGAGCCUUCGGCUGUGCCACGGCCUCAACGGUCGCUAUUACCUGCAUCGGGAAUUCAGCGUUUUCCUUGAGAAUGGCAAAUAUGUGCUGCUGGCAGCCAUGUCCGUGCUUAAAAGUGCACUGCCCAUCGAAAAUUAUGUCCGCUAUCCGGAUCUCUUUGACAAACUGGACGCCUUUUCGUAUGUGUUCUUCGUGGUGGACCUGGAAAAGGGGGUUGUCAGCGAUAGACUUUUCCUACCACAGGAUUCUAUUGUUGUUUCCCACAAUCACGGAAUUUCGGUGAUCGGUUCUAAGGUGGCGAUCAUGUCGCGACUGCAUCAGUGCAUUUACGUCUACGAGAUGUCGAAUGGUAAGCUCUACGAACAGGAAACUAUUGGGCCGCGCCCAAGGGACUUUAUCGAAAGAGCAUCCUCGGACAUUGAGGAUUUAGACGCGACUACGGUUUUGCCUAUAACUCAUAUAAAACAACGUGUACUGAGCUUCCUGUAUCGCCAAAUCGACCAGGACUGUGACUAUGUGAGGAUAAAGCGGCAGGAGUUCUACAAAAACUUUGAGUUUAUCGAGCACAUGAUCAUGGAGAGGAUGCAAUUGAUAAACAGGGAUCUACUCCUGUUGCGGUAUGAGGAGCGGCCCAAGGAGAGCGAGGUUAUGUCCCUACCUUCACCGACACCGCGUCGUUUAUACGUUUUCUACAUCAUAUCGGCCGAGGAGGUGGUGGCUGUCUAUCCGGAUACGUCCGUCGAUCUGCUUCAAAUCAUACUGCUGUUCUACGAUGAGAUGAGCAAUGUCCGAUCGCUGCAAACCGGCGAUGCACCAUCCUUGCCUCUGCACUACUUCCUCAAGCAGAACUUUUUGGAUGCCAAUGCCACGGUCCCCUUUGUCCGGCAUGCGGCAUUGCGCUUCAAUCCAGGCAUUCCCGUCAGUUCUCAGUGCCUGUCGCCAUCGCCAUAUCUGAAGUACAGUGAUUUCGGCUACGACGAUCGGUACAUGUCGCCUCUGGAACGACCUAAUCCCUGCUCUUCGGAGCCCAUCGUCUUCAAAGAUCAAGCAACAAAGACUGUGAAAUUCCGGAUCUUCGCCAAAGCGCGCAGGGAAAUCGGAGCGCUGGCGCCGCGUGAGCUAUGUGCCUUCAUUUGGCAUCCGUUCGAGCCCUUUGUCCUGAGUAUCCAAAAGUGCAUGAACAGCUAUGCCUACCAUGUCCACUUGUACCAUCACGGUACGGUGGUGGAGCAACCGCGGCAGUUGCAGUCGCAACAAAGUGCCUCCAAAGAAUAAGUACUUGUGAUAUGCUUUCCCUAAAAAUCCUGAAAGCACAAAAAUUUAUUGCUUUCGGGGGAAACAAGAAAGUAAACUGUUUGUGAUUUAAAAAUAAAUCCUAAUUCAGAGGGAUUUUAAACACAAAACAAGAGAUUUCUAAACGUACUUCCAAAAGUAAAUAAAAUUACUUGUAUUUUUUUAA